UUGUAUCGUAACGUAUCGUGCAUGUCCAUCACUGAGGCUGAUGCAAUACACAUCUUGAUGCAUUGCCAAUGAUCCAAUACAUUAAAAAUACAUAUGGAACAACUACGAAUGCGAUACGAUUCAUCGCUAUUGCAAUGCAGUGUGAUUUGACAGUUUGAUUCAACGUGAUACGACACGAUUUGACACGGUGCAAAAGAGUAAUGCUAUAUGCAAUUAAAGAGAGUUUGAUUUUAUUUCUUAAGCAUACAGCAAAUCAUAAAUUACUAAAAAAAAGUGCCAUUUUUACUUUACAUACCAGUUUUUCUAGUACUGCAGUCAGCAUCUCAUUUCUGCUUCUUUUUUAUCUCUAAAAAGCACUUGGACCUUUCACAAACAGCCUUUUCACAUGUCCCUUAUGGUGUAAUGUUCUCUGUCUCCAGUUUACAUGCAUAUGCUCCGUGACCCAAACAUUUACUGUCAGAAUAGUUUAAUAAUCCACCAACACGCAGAAUAAUAAUGCUAAAACACAAGUUCCACCCAGAAUGUUUUGGCAGUGCACCACUUAGCUGUAGCAUGCUAGCACACUUCAGAAACAGUUUAGAGAGGAAGAAUCAAUCUAAAUAUCAAAUUAUUGGUCACAUUUCUAAAUAAUAAAGACAUAGGGCCUCUACUAUUAAUCAUAUAUAAAUAAACCAGAUUUUACUGAUGCAAAGAUGUUAAAAAUGAUGCAUUGUAGGUUCAUCCCAAAUCGUAUCCUGUGCACUUUUUUAUUCAGGGCAAUCGCAUCGUGAAUAUUUACUCUGGUGCACUAAUGCGAACCGGUGAAUCUUCCCAUCCCUAUGUUGCAUUUUAUUGUUUCAUAUUGUAUCAUAUCAUAUUGUUUCGUAUCACAUUGCAUUGCCACAAUACAGAGCAAUGUGAUGGCUACAGCAACCUGUCAAAAUCACCUUCAGUAGUGCUUUUAAUGAGUCAUUAAUGUCCUGCAAUAACUUGUAUUUUCAGUUUUGUUUUCUUUAUUAUGAUUGUUUUUAACUGAAGUGAGGUGUCUGAGCAUAUAAGAGCUGCAGACAUAUUAUUAUAUCCUCCUGCUCAGAAACACCUGAUGUCCUCAAUAGCAGCAUGCAGCAGAUCUACAGACAGAGCGAUGAACAUUUUGAGGUUUAUACCACCGUCCUCUCCCCGCAAGUGUGCAGGUCGAGGACGAGGACGCGACAUGCGGAGGCAGAAAAGGUGAUGGUAGCGGCGGUGAUCCCUUACCGGUCCCGCUGGCCGAAGGAGCUGGACCUGAACCAGGGAGACCUGAUCCAGGUCCUGUUUAAGGAGGACGAGGCCUGGUGGUUCGGACGCUUGAUGAACGGAAACAAGGGUUACUUCCCUGCAGCCUGCGUGGAGCCGGUCCAGGGCGGUGAUUCGUCCAGAGCCACGCCCACGCUGAUGAGGAGGGGCUCCGUCCCGGUCGCCGUGACGACAGCAGCCUCCCCAUGUGGCUGCACCAGUGGUCGCAGCACUCCGAAGCUGCUGAGGAAAAACAGCAUCCGGCGACCACUGGGACUCGAUGGCCCCUCGGUGGCGGCGGCUCCUCCUCACGGCUCCCCCAGCCUCCUCCACCGAGUCCUGACCAAGUCCAGGAGGAAGAGCUGCCCCCACCUUCCCCACCCUCCACCGGACAACGGCUCCGUCAACACGGCCUUCCAGCCAGACUAAACAACAGCAAAACUCUCUUUCCAAGAUACCUGCAAAAUAAUUUAGCUUAUUAAUUUUUAUUAGUUUAAUUCAAUCACCGAACUCGAAAAAACUGAAAACGUAGACAAUAAGACAAACCACGUUGUGGUGGAGAAUUUGACCAAGUCAUCUUCAAGUCACUGAGGCCACAUCCAAGUCAACAAGGUCAAGUCCGAGCAGUCGAGGUACCAUGCGAGUCGUCAGGAGGUCACGUCUGAGUGGAGAGGUUGCUGAGGUCAUGUCCAAGUCAAUGAAGUUAUGUUUGAGUCACCUCCGUCGUGUCCAAGUCUUUGUUCUAGUCACUGAGGUCAAGUUGAGUUUGACGAGGAGUCAGAUUAGUCAUACAGACGUUUCCUUCUUGUAUUUGACGUGAGAGCAGUAAAGUUUCAGUCUUCAUGUUUCUGGAUUCAACAGGAAGACGCUGAUGACGUUCUGAGAGACACCAUCUGGGUUUUGAAUUGUGAUGAGAAGGAAGCAGCUUUAAACUGAAGCCUCCUGAUGAAACGAUGGAAUUGUCCUUUAUCCUGAAUCACUUUAAGCUGAUCUGAGACGUUUGGACCUUUUUUGGUCACAAAAUUGGACAUUAAAUGUAUUAAAAUGUGAGUCUAAAUGACGCCUGUUAGUACUUCAAUAAUACUCAACAAUCCACAGUCAUGUUCAGUCUUUUAUUGCACAUCACACCUGACAUCACAAAAUGUAAAACAAGAUGAGAACCACAGUGUUUGUUGAUGAAUCCUCUAAAACAUCUGAAUAAAGUGCUGCAAUCAGGUUUUUGUGCAGAUUCUUUUUGUCAAUUCACAAGUUUUCAGUGCAAAACAAUUGAAAUAAAACAGUAAAUAUAAGUGUUUUGUUCCAAACAUUCACUGCAUAUGAAGCUUCAUCAAACAGAAAACAAUAAAAUAAUCUCAGUAUUGAUCAGGCAUCUGAUACUUGUCAGGUUUACUCUGAAUUU